UCUGCAGAGAAGCUUAAGCUUAAUCUUAUCUGACCUCCCGCCGCCGCGACACGCCGGGAUGCCAAAGCCGGCGGCCUCCGUCGCCUCCCUCCUCCCGCGGCUACGGCAUCGCCCCUUCCCUCCCCCUCCACUCCUCCCGCGCGCCCUCUCCUUCUCUCCGCUCCUCGCCACCCACCCCACCCCACGCCGCCGCCGGUCCCUCCUCUCCCCCGCUACGCCCCUCGCCGCCACCGCCGCUGCAGUGUCAACCGCCGCUGUGGUCGAAGCCCCAACAACCGCAGCGUAUCCAGUGUAUGACAGGCUUCUGCCGUGCCCGUUGCAAGACGAGCCUCCAAGAAUCGAGCACCUCGUCGCUCGGGAGGACGAGGUGGCCGCCGAUUUCAUCUCCAGGUCUCUCGGCCUUCCUCCUCUGUAUGUUGCAGAUCUUAUCAAGUUUGGGGCUGUAUACUACGCGCUUGUCGCGCCGCAGCCGCCUCCUUACGCUUCUCCGGAGCAUUUUAGACUCUUUAGGGAAGUUACCGAGCCUUCAGUCCUGCGCCGAAGGGCGUCCAUUAAGGGGAAGACGGUGAGGGAAGCGCAGAAGACGUUCAGGGUGACGGACCCAAACCAGCGCCUUGAGGCCGGCACAUAUCUGCGGGUUCAUGUGCAUCCCAAACGUUUUCCGAGGUGUUAUGAAAUUGACUGGAAAACCAGGGUAAUAGCAGUCGCUGAUGACUAUGUUGUCCUCGAUAAACCAGCUGCAACAUCAGUGGGAGGAACAACUGAUAACAUCGAGGAAUCCUGUGCAGUAUUUACUUCGCGUGCAUUAGGAUUGGAAACGCCAUUAAUGACAACUCAUCAAAUUGACAAUUGUUCUGAAGGCUGUGUGGUAUUGUCCAAAACAAAAGGGUUCUCCUCGGUUUUCCAUGGACUGAUAAGGGAAAAACAGGUUAAGAAACUUUAUCUGGCACUUACUACAGCACCUGUGUCUACAGGAACAAUUACGCAUUAUAUGCGUCCUGUUAAUCGUGCUCCUAGAUUAGUUUCAAAAGACCAUAUUGGAGGAUGGUAUCUCUGUCAAAUGGAGAUACUUGAUUGUAAGAAGGUACCAUGGCCAAGCUCUUUGAUCAGGAAAGUUUACAACAUCAACGACUGUGGGUGGCCCCAACAGGAAGCUGCCUAUGAAUGUAAAAUCAAUCUCUUGACGGGGAAAACUCAUCAGAUUAGGGCACAGCUUGCUGCUAUAGGUGCUCCAAUUAUAGGGGAUUCUGCAUACAUGACUGCAGCAAUGGCAGCAAUGGCUAAUCCAAGCAUAAACCCAUUGGGUAGGGAGAGGCUGUACAAUAGCGAAGAGGAGAAAGAAGCUGCCGUUGAAGCAUGGAUUGCUUCCCACGGCAAGGAACCGAAAUCCGUAAUCGGCCUGCAAGCAUCAGAGAUAUCAUGGGACUAUGAAGGUGAGCGUCCCUCUUACAAGGCAGGGAUUCCGUGGUGGCGGCAAGAUUCAGUGGAGUCUGACUUGGUAUGAGCAAUGGUAUAUAUUGGAAUUUCAACCCUGAAAUUCCAUCCUCUGAAGUCAGCGAUAGCAUAUUUCGCCGGGAAUAGAAUCCUAAAACACACAAAUAUUGUUCAGACAGAACGUUUUACAUCUCAGAUGAGACUGGCCGAUGCAGGCCUGUUACUGUUGAGCUACAGAGACACAGCUGCCACUGUUCUCUUAUUGAGCGUAAAGAUUACCAGAUUUGGGUAGGUGAUGUAGAUAACAGUUGUUGCUCGGAUGCUCUGUACUUUUUUUUAGAUGAUGAUAUCAUGGUCUGUACUUUGUUCUGAAA